CCUACUUUGGUCCCAGCAGCAUCGAGGGGGGAGGGCUUUUCCUUUUCCUGGCAUCCAUAGGCUGCCAGUCGGAGAGGAAGUGAAAUUUUCCAUUGUUGGCCGCGUUUUCUUGUAUUUGCAGCAAGCGGAGAGCUGCACCCGAUGAAAAAACUUGCAGGUAUGGAAUCAAGUCAGAUUGCGUUGAUUGAUGUGAAUCUGUCGAAGCGAAACUUCGUCACAUGGAACGUAAAUCGCCCCGUGUCAGUUGGCGUCAACCUGCAGGUCAUGCGGGACAUGCUCAAGUCAGGUACAGACACUCCCUAUUGGAUUUCGUUGCAGGAAGAUGAAUCCAGUGUGGAUAUUUUUGUUGGAGGAUUUUGCUCACCUUGACCUGCUCCACUUGCAUCAGUCGGAGCAGCGGAGAAGUAGUAAGUCUGUCUAUUUGUACUGCUUAAGUUUAAGUGUCUUGUCCUGUUUCUUUACCGAUCGCGUUCACGAUUUUUUCGAAAGAUGAACAACUCUUCAGGGCAAAGCGACGACUUCUGGCGCAUGUACCAGUAUCCCGACGACGAAUACAUUCACAUGCAAAUUUUUUCUAGGAGAAACAGUAUGGCGAAGCUCGACUUUCAAUGGAAAUCCAUGGAUAUUGACAUGGAAAACAUCGAGGCCCCAAGUGUACUUCUACUUUUUACGUUUUAUUUGGGUCACGUGAUGUUUCUGUUCGCUGACUCUGAGUCUGACUUGCCAUUGCGUCGUUCUGAAAUAACGAACAAUUCGGUUUUUCAUGUUCUUCGCUGAAGAUGCAAGCUUCCAGGUGGUUGCUCCACUUUUUAGGAACGCGACCGGUUGCAAGUUGUUAAGUACAUCAGCCCCACGGAGAAGUGCGUGCUCACGAAAGGAGCACCUUGCUAUUGAUUUUGCGUGCAUAAAACUACUUACACAUGAUCACAGGAACUGUGCGCCGGCGAGCCGUCUGUGGUGAUGGCAAGUUGGCGUUUCAAGGAGCUGAUGUCUGAGUUCAAGGCGAUGGGGGACAACCUGGAAGUGUGCCUGAAUCCUUCGCACCUAACCUGGCACGUCACCGAGCCCGGCAAGCGCGUGAUUGACUACUGGCACGACUCCCGGCAGGACCCAGAAGGUAGUCGUGUGAUGAUCUCACUUGGGGAGAACGACGAGCUCAGGGGCUGGAAGAAAACCUUUGGUCUCAAGCAUUUGGACAUCUUUUCCCGGGGAAGCUCCUUGGCCGGGAAAAUCAAGAUAUGGCUCUGUAUUUUUACCUGUUGCAUUCGUUUGACUCUAGUUUAAGUUUUUAUUUUUGUGUUUUCUGCAUCGAACCGCCGCUUGUGUUUGAUGUGAUGAAAGCGCCGAAAUGUUGUAUACUGCAUUCAUCUGUUGUUCAUUCUUGAACGCCAAACGAACCUGCUACGUCAAAAAAUUACUACAGUUCAUCAACACCCAGCAUGCUACCAUUACGACAUAGAAGACGACCCCACCCUUGGCUGGGCGCGGUUCUGGCUUGCACCUUUCGCCGAUAGCAACGUGGGAGGUGGAAACGAAGGAGGGGGAUAAAAAACACGACAAAAAGUAGUGGGGCCUUGUAGUUGCGAUCAUGGACAUUCAAACUUCAUCCCAGAUUCUCGAAAGUGACCGACGAGACGCCUGUUUUUCAUUGGUAAAAAGAAGCUACUGUAGCCGUACGGCACUACAUCUACAGCACGGAGCCCAAGGCUGAUUUUUCGCGGAAGAAAAAGAAGUAGAACAAAGCUGCACAUAAUUCUGUUGCGGCUUUCUCUUUCAAC